AUGGACGCUUUGACAUUUAACAUUUAAUAGGAUUCAUUGUGUUAAUUAAGAUGUAUGCGUAAUGCAAAACAAACUAGGAAACUUAAGAAUACAAGAGAAAUUCUCGCGAGAUAAGGAAAUUGUACAAAUAUAACGGAUAUAGCAUGAACCGGAAAAGGAAUAAAUAGCUUGAAACAAAUCAUACUACAGCAUUAUUGUGGAUAAUUCUUUCUUAAUUUGAACCAGAGGGAUAAUUUUACAUAUACAACUGUGAUCAGAUUCUGUAAUAAUGAACAUCUUUAGCUGCCUAGUAGUGAUCAUGGCAACAGUUCAUAACAUGUGUGCCUCAGUUUGUAAUUCUGCUAACAAGGAAAAGGUCGGACGUAUCGUGUUUGGUGAGGCGAGUGGGGAACCAGCAGACACACAACUUGCAGUUGCAUUUACAAUUAUAAACAGAAUGAACCACAUGAGUUACCCUAAUACACUAAAUGGGGUAGUGUAUCAAACACAUACGUCAGGUGGGAGGACGCGUCAUCUUUAUAAAACACUAGACAACCCUGAUCAUGACAAAAGAUGGGAAGCUGCUAAACCUGACAAAGCAGAAGAACAUCUUGCGUAUGAAGCUGCAAUUACUGCAGCUGGGCAUGCGCUCUGUGAUACUGGUUCUGAUCCCAUGAGAUGCGGACCGAUCACUUUCUGUGCACUUAAUCCCUGUUCAUCUACAAGUAGUAACAGGUAUUGGUGUGUGUCCGAAAAAAGCAAGAUUGGAAAUCAUUGGUUUGCAUGCUUCGAAAAACAUUUUGGACAAUGUUGAAUUAUGGAAGUUUAAGACUUUUAAUCCUGAUGUUUUUAAUUUAAUUCUAUAUCCAAUUUGUAUAAACUGUUUGACGUGAGGAUACCCAAAUUGCAUGUAUUUUGACGGUUUUAUCACCUACGUUUAUUUAUGAUCCAGACAAAAAAUUCUAGACUAUUCUUUGGAGUUUUUUUUAUCAUAUGCGUCCUUAUAUACUGUAUAGUUCCACAACUUUUUGAAUCCUUAUUGAAUCAUAGAAAAAUGGGUUUGAAACAACCAACAAACAAGCCAUGAUUAUGGAAUGCAGAUUACCCACAUCAUCAUAAAAUCCAUGCUCAAAUUCACGUCCUUGAAAAUUGCAAAACAUAUUUUUUUGUUUUAUUUCCUCCAGGAGUUGGAUUAAUUUGAAAUAAGUCAAUGCUUUCUAUUGAUUUUUUAAAAAAGAAUUAUGAUUGUAACACAUUCUAUUUUUUUAUUUUUAAAUGACGACUUUUUUGGACGACGCAUCAUGACGUUUCCAUAGAUUUCCUUUGUCAGUGAAUAUUUACUUCAUCUUCUAAUAUUUACUGUGCGAAUUUUGUGCAUAUCUUCAUAUACAUCGCUAUUUUGAAAGACGUGCAUAAUUUCAAAUCAUAAAUCAUAAAAAUGCAACUUGUUAAGUCUCCUUUGCUCUUUUGCUAAAAAGGUGCAAUUAAGGUACUCGGUGUAAUAUGGUUACUUUGACGCAAGCAUCGUAAAAUUGUGAAAUCCACAGUUAUAUCUAUUUUAAAUUAUCAUUCUGUAUAUGCUCAUAACUUCAUAUGCAUAUAUCAGAUACAUUUUCUCGUAUUUGCGUUUGUUUAUAAUAAAUUCUUACAAUA